UGCCCCGUCAUUUGGUGUGUCAGUGGGGGGAGGAAUAGUGCCCCAUCAUUGGUGUCAGUGGGGGGAGGAAUAGUGCCCCAUCAUUGGUGUCAGUGGGGGGAGGAAUAGUGCCCCAUCAUUGGUAUCAGUGGGGGGAGGAAUAGUGCCCCAUCAUAGGUGUCAGUGGGGGGAGGAAUAGUGCCCCAUCCUUGGUGUCAGUGGGGGGAGGAAUAGUGCCCCAUCCUUGGUGUCAGUGGGGGGGAGGAAUAG